GUAAAAGCAGCAGCCGGCACAAUGGUGAAGUAUUCCCGGGAGCCCGACAAUCACACGAAGUCCUGCAAAGCCAGGGGCUCGGAUCUAAGAGUUCAUUUCAAGAACACAAGGGAAACUGCACAUGCUAUUAGGAAGCUGCCUCUGACCAAGGCUAAAAGGUACCUUGAAGAUGUUUUGGUCCACAAACAGGCCAUUCCCUUCACCCGUUUCUGUAGAGGAGUUGGCAGGACGGCUCAAGCUAAAAACAGACAUCCCAAUGGACAGGGACGAUGGCCUGUAAAAUCUGCCAGGUUCAUUCUUGAUUUACUUAAGAAUGCAGAAAGCAAUGCUGAGGUCAAAGGGCUCGAUGUUGAUUCGCUCUACAUCUCUCAUAUUCAGGUGAACCAAGCUCAAAAGCAAAGGAGGCGCACUUACCGUGCUCAUGGGCGAAUUAACCCUUAUAUGUCUUCGCCAUGCCAUAUUGAGUUGAUCUUAUCUGAAAAGGAGGAGCCUGUGAAAAAAGAGCCAGAGUCACAAAUUACUGCCACCAAAACCAGGAAGGCAUAGACAUUGCUUUAACGUUUUGUCCUCUGUUCUAGUGAUGUUUUUGAAAAGAUAUUUUCUGAUGUGUAGAGUAUUGUGACUACACAGUUUUCUGAUUUUGUGGAUUUACAUCCUGAUUGCCUUCGUCCAGUCUAUAGUGUGUGUCACCCAGGGUGUCUGAUUUAGCGUAUUAUAGCGUUCUAACCUAAAUAAUCAAAAUUUAUGAGAUUUCAUAUGGGAUAACAACAUGAUAUGAAUG